AGUAUUUUCCGCACGGAGGAUGAGAUUUUUGUGCAAAAUAGUAAAAUUCCCCACCUGAACCAGUUCCUCGCUCCUUUCCCUGACACGCCGGCCGUCGCUCGCUCGUACACGGCGACUUCGCCGGCGACUUGCGACGACGACUACCACCUCGAGCGCGUGCUCCUCCUUGACCGCAAGGCAGCGCAGGAGCUGUGCUGGUCAAACGCCCUCAGCUUCUUCCUCGCGCUGCAUGAAGGUCGCAGCCCACCUAGCGAGAUGCCCACUUCCUCCCCCUCGUUUGUGUCGGCGGAGGAGGAGAUGAGGAACUGGGCGGAGCUGCCACCGGACGCGAUCUCAACCAUCCUCCAGAAGCUCGACCACGUCGACAUCCUGAUGGGGGCCGGUCAGGUGUGCCGCUCCUGGCGCGGCGCCGCCCGCGACGAGCCCGAGCUAUGGCGCCGCAUCGACAUGCUGGGCCACGCCGACCUCUCCCCCGAGCUCAACCUCCACGGGAUGGCGCAGGCCGCCGUCCGCCGCAGCGCGGGGAGAUGCGAGGCGUUCUGGGGCGACUACACCGACGACCACGACUUUCUCCUCUACCUCGCCGACCAGGCACCAUCUCUCAAGAGUCUUCGCCUCAUUUCUCGCUAUAAUUUUGAUAAAGUACUUAAGGAGAUGAUAGUGAAAUUCCCUUUGCUCGAGGAGCUCGAGCUUUCAUUAUGUUCAGAUGUGGGUGAGAGUGGUGUGUUUGGGGUUGUUGGCAAAGCAUGCCCACAACUGAAACGCUUCAGACUGAAUAAGGACGUGUUCUAUGAUUUUGAAGCUAGUGACAAUGACAGGGACGACGAAGCCAUGGGGAUUGCAACUAUGCAUGAGUUACGCUCUUUGCAGUUAUUUGCCAAUCGCCUGACCAAUAAAGGACUGACAGCCAUCCUGCAUAAUUGCCGCCACCUUGAGUCCCUUGACAUUCGUCACUGCUUCAAUGUCUGCAUGGACAACACCCUGCGUGCAAAGUGUGAUAGGAUAAGUACAUUGAGGCUUAUCCUGCCAAGAUUAAGUGAUGUUCGCAUGAGAGGGCAAUUUGUUCGUCGGCAAACAUCUGACAGGGGAUUCCCCAGAAUAAUAUCUUCCUCAUCCAUGGAUGCCCAGGAUGAUCUUUCUGCCAUCGAGAAUCAGGUGUGCAAGCUAAGUGAUGUUCGCAUGAGAGGGCAAUUUGUUCGUCGGCAAACAUCUGACAGAAUAAUAUCUUCCUCAUCCAUGGAUUCUCGGGGUGAUCUUUCUGCCAUUGAGAAUCAGGUGCGCAAGCUAAUCGAUGAUUUGAGAAGCGAUUCCAUAGAAGGUCAAAGAUCAGCGACAUCAGAGAUUCGCCUUCUAGCUAAGCACAACAUGGAGAACAGGAUUGUCAUUGCAGAUUGUGGGGCUAUAAACUUGCUGGUUGGUCUUCUUCAUUCACCAGAUGCCAAGAUCCAAGAAAAUGCAGUGACAUCCCUCCUCAAUCUGUCCAUCAGUGAUAACAAUAAGAUUGCCAUCGUGAAUGCAUAUGCUAUUGAUCCUCUCAUCCAUGUCCUGGAAACAGGGAACCCUGAAGCUAAAGAGAAUUCAGCAGCUACUUUGUCCAGUCUCUCGGUUAUUAAAGAAAACAAAGUGAGGGUUGGACGAUCUGGUGCCGUCAAGCCUCUCGUGGACUUGCUGGUAAGUGGGACCCCGCAAGGAAAGAGAGAUGCAGCUAUUGCAUUGUCUUAUUUAUCCAUAAUUCAUGAGAACAAGGGUCACAUUGUGCAAGCUGAUGCGGUGAAGCAACUAGUUAAGCUUAUGGAUCCUGCUCUUGGAAUGAUCGACAAAGCUGUAGCUGUCUUGGCAAAUCUUGCUAUGAUACCAGAAGGGAGAACUGCGAUUGGGGAGACACGAGGUAUUCCAGCUCUUGUUGAAGUUGUCGAACUGGGUUCACCGAGAGGGAAGGAAAAUGCUGCCGCGGCAUUGCUUCAGCUAUGCACAAACAGCAGCCGAUAUUGCAGCGUAGUUCUUAAAGAGGGCGCCGUGCCCCCUUUAGUCACACUGUCACAGUCAGGAACACUGCGAGCAAGAGAAACGGCACAGGCUCUUCUCAGCUACUUCCGCAGCCAGAGACAUGGGAGCUCAUUAAGCGUUUCCAAGUGGUUGACCGGUGCUGCGUAUUUAUAGUCAGAUUGAGAUUGUGCUCAUCAUCUCAUGCUACUUGUUGGGCGUGGGUGUUUGUUGUUGAGAUGGCGCCUUUUUCGGGUUUUUUUACAUAUCUUUUGUGCAGCUUGUUCAUUGGUAUCUUUUUGACCGGGAUUUUGCUUUGCACGUGCUGUUAGCUGACUCGCACUGGUUUACUGCUUGCAUGCUUCUACUGAGAGAUGUCUCUGAUGUGCCUGAUGAUGCGAUUGUAGGCUAGCAGCGCUGUAUCAUGAUAGCUCCAGGAGCUGUCCUGGCUCAACUCUGCCAGGUGGCUUUUGUGAUGCGUUGAUACUUGGCAGUUAGCACAAAUUUGCGUUA